AUGGGGUCGCCGUUUCGAAGCACCCGUCAUGACGCCUAUAAACUCUCCUCUUCACCGAUCUUGCCAUCCCUCGACCAGAUCAAGUCACAAUUCCCCAAGCAGCCACCCAUACGAAGCCCCAUAGCUGCCACUUCCACACCAACACAUGCGAGCCAUCACUUCGCCAAUCCCUCGAGCUUCCUUCGCCGGGAACCACCUGCGAUUGACUUGACGACGCCAUGUAGAGAUGAACCUGCGCCACAUCGACCACAAGAAGAGGAGGAGGUCACAGUGAUAUCCAUUGCGAACGUACCCAGACCGAAACGCAAGAGGGGCGUCAAAGUUCUUGAGAAAAAGGCGUUCCAACCGCCUUCACCCUCCAACCCGAUCAAAGAUGCGUCUGCCAGUCCACCAGGGAAGAAGUAUGCGAACCCCAAGAAACCAGCUGCAAAGUCUGAGAAAAAACCCAAGACUGCAAAGCCCAAGGCAGCAACAAAGAAGAGUGGUGUUCAGAGUCGCCACUUUGCGAAGCCCAAGUCUGAAGGCAAAGAGGAUUCACCUUUACCACCACCAGAAACAGAGCAGGAUGCCAAUGAGCCAUUGGAGCUCGAGGCGGCAUUAAGACGUCGUGUGGACUGGACACCGCCGCCAGCCGACAAUGGCAUGACUUCAGGAUCGAAAUCUUCCCAGGCCAUCGACCUCCUAUCCUCGACUGUGAAAAGCCCAGGGCGUGCCGCGUCGAAGGAAACGUUCGACAAUCUUUUCGGAAAGUUUGGUCGGCCGGACGAGGAAUUGAAGAGACCCUCGGCUGAGCCGUCCGAUGGCGACAGACCGGUGUUGAAGAAGAGGAAGUUGAUCGAGACAGUGCCCAUCAACGAAUCGUCAAAAAUGGGGCCACCUCAGAAGGGGCCCUUGAAAGUAAAAGCACCGAGGAAGAAGCCACGUACAAUCACCGAACUGGCCACGGCAGCCUAUGCGGUUCCAGAUGCUACAGAACAGGAGCAGCCGUCUGCGGCUCCAGUCGAGAGUGUCGAGGCCGGAGAAGAGACUGCCAAACCUAAAGGAAAGAAGAGAACAUCCAAAGCAAAGAAACCAAAAAAGGCUCCUCCACCUGAACCCAUUCUGUUGUCACCAACUGCAGCCCUCAGACAAGCUGCGAAGCAAGAUUACGUUUUCGGGACUUCGAGCCAGCUGGCACGUGAACACUCGCCUACUUUCCUCAAGGAUCUCCAGUCUGCGCUGCAGGCAUCAAAUUCAAAGAGAGAAGAUCAUUUCGUGACUCCGAUCAACAGCGACGAAGUUGAACCAGAACCCAAGCAAAAGCUUUGGGACGUAGGCGCGAGAGAUGAGGAUGGCAGGCUGCUGGAUUUGGAAGUCAUCCAUCUUGCCGACACUCCACAAACAGCACCGCACGUUGCAGAUGGCCUCAAUCCUUUUGGUUAUGCUGGAAUCGAUCAAACAAUGGCGGCCCCGCCACCUCAUAUGCCGUCAGAUGUCUCUUUCCCGGAUAUCGAAGACCUCCUGGCAAGAGACAUGGCAAUCGACUUGCCGCCACAUCCUAUUGUUUCUACACAAGAGAAAGUAAAUGCGCCAUUACCGGCUCACAUGUUGUCGGACAUGUCCUUUCCAGAUAUUGACGAUCUUCUGGGAAAAGAGACCGAUCAGAAUGGCAAGCCUCAGACUCAGAAACAAGCAUUACCCUCUUCGCCGCCUCCUAGGUCAGUCGAAAUCACAUCUCAGUCUGUGGAAGUGCUGUUGGUCUCUUCUGGUUCUGGACCAAACCAUGUGGAAAAAGCUAGCACUCUGCCACCACUGGAGUCACCGCCAGUACAAGCCUCUGAAGCGUCCAAGCCUGUAGCGACGGAGGAUACGGCCCCAGAGAUAGCGAAACCAGACUUUAGUCUCUACACUGACAACCAACUUGCGCGAGAGAUUUCGUCAUACGGAUUCAAACCAGUCAAGCGAAGGCAAGCCAUGCUUGCACUUCUAGAUCAGUGCUGGGUGGGCAAGCAAAGGACUGCCCUUUCAUCGCUUCCCACGAACCGCCCCAUCACGACCACGUCCCCGGCGCAAGCUGCUGCCAAGUCACAGAAACCAGCAACCACCGUUUCUCCCAAGAGGCCGCGUGGUCGCCCGCGGAAGACCAGCCUAGUUGAAGCUGAAGCUGAAGUUGAAAUGCCUUCCAGUGAGCCGCCACCGUCCGCUCAGCCGCCACCACCUUCUCCCAAACGAGGCCGUGGUCGACCGAGGAAGAAUGCCGAGUCGACGACAGCUACUCCCUCGACGGCCAGUAAGAAGGGCAAGUCGAAAGCAACGUCUGGCGCAUCAAAAGAGCCGAAAACAUCUAGGAAGGCGGCCUCGGCAGUGGCAUCACCGCCUCGGAAGAAAACGAAAGUGACAAAGGUCAUCGAGAUCCCAGAUUCUGAAUCAGAAGGGCCGCUUUCCUUGUCACCAUCGCCAUGCUCUUCACCCGAGCCGACUUUCUCACCAGCCCCCGAGGAAGCUUCAGUGUCAAUUGGCGACGAUACAGAAAUGUCACUCGCAGCGUCCCAAAGCCAGCGAUCGGAAGUCUUGUUCGCGCGUAUCACUGAAGCUGUGACCUCGUCGCAUCCAACGACAGACCCCAAGAACCCGUCCUUCCACGAGAUGAUGCUAAUGUAUGAUCCGAUUGUGCUUGAAGAUCUUGCUGGUUGGCUCAACACCGGACAGCUAUCCCGGGUCGGGUAUGACGGUGAAGUCUCGCCGACAGAAGUGAAGCAGUGGUUCUUGCAUUGGUUAGACACGGUCGUCACAAUAAGAUUCCUGGUGUUGAUUGAGAUGAUCCCCUGUCGCCGUCUCCAGCAGGGCGCGGUCACAGGGCGCACACCGAACCUCGGCAAAAACGUCAACCCCCGCCGGGUUCCCAAUGCCUUCGUUAUCACCAUUAUCCCAUCCAGGGAUCUCCAGCCAAACACGUCACUCAUAGCAACGCCUGUUUCACGCACCGUCCGACAACAAGCGGGCGCAUCAAAUAUCAUCAUCAUGUCACAGCAACGUUCAUCUUCUUCAUCGCCGCCUAAGCGCGAAAGAGAGGUUAUGGAGCCUCGGCCCAGUGCGAGCAUCUUGCUCCUCUCACCGACAAACCAGGUCCUUCUGCUGCACCGGGUGAAGACGUCCACAUCCUUCGCAUCGGCACAUGUAUUCCCCGGCGGGAAUCUCGAUCCAUUUCACGAUGGAGAGAUCCCGCCAAGUGAUGCCCGUGAAAGGCAUGAGGACGGCCACGCGUAUCGGCUAGGUGCCAUCCGUGAGUGCUUUGAGGAGACGGGCAUCCUCCUCGCCACUCGGAAGGGCUCUGAUGACAAGUCUACUCUUGUCAAUGUUCCCACGGCGGAAAGAGAGAAGGCUCGCAAGCAGAUUCAUAGCGGCAAGUUGCGCUUUAGCGAAUGGGUCGACAGCGUGGGCGGCGUCCCCGACAUUGGACGCCUCAUUCCCUUCACCAGAUGGGUAACGCCCACCAACGUGCCCAAACGCUUCACAACGCAAAUGUACAUUUACAUGCUCCCGCACUCGGCCUCAACCGGCGCCGACGCCGCCGAGAACGAAAUCAUCGUGCCGACCCCGGACGGCGGCGUAGAGCACACGGCUGCCAAGUUCGACGACGCGUGGACCUGGCUCUACCGCGCCGACAAGGGCGAGAUCAUCCUCUUCCCGCCGCAGUAUUACCUCCUGUACCUGGUCUCACAGUUCUGCAAGGCCGCGGCACCGUCCCCGGCGCCCGGCAAGGGCCAUGGCGACGCGUACUUUGCGUCGCAGAGGCGGGGCCUGCUGGAUUUCCUUCACAGAGCGCCUACCGCCGUUACCGAAGCGGGUCGGAAGCAGCCUUCGUCUGAGAUUCCGUGGGCGCACAAGGUGAUGAGCCCGCAUAACUUGUUCAUUCGCGAGGGGGAUAAUCGUAUCGUGCUCGGGCUUGAUAAGCCUGGUCCCGAGCUCAAGGGGUCGGGCCGCGGAGGCGAUUGGGAGAGGGUUGUGUUGGUCAAGUUUACGAGGGACGGUCCGCGCAAGGUCGAGGUGAGGGGUCGCGAGGAGGUGUUGAGGGAGGAGAAGGAGGCGAAGAGGGCUAGGGAGGCGGAGGAGGAGAGCGAGGGGAGAUAUAAGCUUUGA